UAACCUAGAACUUGCAGCCUGCACCUGCACCUGCACCUUUCGUUGUUCCCCUUCGAGUUCUCGCGCACAACAACCAACAGGCUUGUCCACAUUUCAUCUCCGUCAAUUCGACAUUUUUCUUCGUCCAAGAGCGAACUCCGUCAAUCCCUCCAUCUCUCGAGAAUCAUCUUACACAAACACCAAGAUGCGUGGAGAAGUAUGUCACCUGCACAUCGGACAGGCCGGCACCCAAUUGGGCAACGCUGCCUGGGAGUUAUAUCUCCUCGAGCACGGCCUCAAGGCUGAUGGCCGCCCCGACCCUGAAGCCAACGUCGGCGAUCCUGGUUCUUACGAGACAUUCUUCAACGAAACUAGUGGAGACAAGCAUGUUCCUCGUUCCAUCUUCGUCGAUCUCGACCCCUCCCCUAUCGAUGAAAUCCGUACCGGCAAAUACCGUCAACUCUUCCACCCAGAGCUCUUGAUCAGUGGCAAGGAAGAUGCUGCAAACAAUUAUGCUCGUGGUCAUUAUACCAUUGGCAAAGAGUUGGUUGAUGAUGUCCUGGACAAAAUUCGCAAAGUUGCCGACAACUGCACUUCGCUUCAAGGUUUCUUGAUCUUUCACUCUUUUGGUGGUGGUACUGGUUCAGGCUUCGGCGCCCUCCUCCUCGAGAGACUCUCAGUCGACUACGGAAAGAAGUGCAAGCUCGAGUUCGCCGUCUAUCCCGCUCCACAGGUCUCGUCAUCGGUCGUUGAGCCCUACAAUGCCGUUCUUUCCACCCAUAGUACUAUCGAACACGCCGACUGCACUUUCCUCGUCGACAACGAAGCCGUCUACGACAUUUGCCGCCGUAGUCUCGACAUUCCACGACCAGAUUAUGAACACCUCAAUCGUCUGAUCGCCCAGGUGGUCUCCUCAGUCACCUCCAGCCUGCGUUUCGACGGCGCCCUGAACGUUGACUUGAACGAGUUCCAAACCAACUUGGUUCCCUACCCUCGCAUCCACUACCCGCUCAUCAGCUACGCACCAGUGGUGUCAGCCAAGCGAUCUUCUCACGAGAGCUUCAAGGUGCACGAUCUGACCCUCCAAUGUUUCGAGCCUAACAACCAAAUGGUGGUUUGCGAUCCACGCAACGGAAAAUACAUGGCCGUCGCUCUUCUCUACCGUGGCGAUGUUGUUCCUCGGGACACCAAUGCCGCUAUUGCUUCUCUGAAAGCCAAGUCCAGCUUCCAUCUAGUUGACUGGUGUCCUACCGGCUUCAAAGUUGGCAUCAACUACCAGCCACCCAUGCCUGUUCCCGGCGGUGAGUUGGCACGCGUUGAUCGAUCAGUCAGCAUGUUAUCCAACACCACUGCAAUUGCCGAAGCCUGGAGCCGACUUGACCACAAGUUCGACCUCAUGUAUUCCAAGCGUGCCUUCGUUCAUUGGUACGUCGGAGAGGGCAUGGAGGAAGGUGAAUUCUCCGAGGCUCGAGAAGAUCUCGCUGCCUUGGAGAAGGAUUAUGAAGAGGUUGCUAGCGACAGCCUGGAGGUCGACGACGAAGCUGGUGCUGAGUACUGAUUGUGUAAGACUUGAGACGAUUGCCGGCAGGGUCUUUUCUGAUUGUUUGAUCAGACAGAGUCCCCGUCAAUCUUUGGUUGCAACGAUUAUCCUAUUCGAGCAUGGCAAAGUCAGGACACAGACCACCAGCAUUGGGAACGCUAGAGCCUGGCACCAUGGGCGCCGGAAUCUGUGAGACAUGAAGCGAUGAUUGUGUUGAGUAUAGGAGAGUAAUUCCUUCGACCCGAAUGAAUGUUCCGUCGGAGUUGGAGGGUUAGAAGUCUCGGGCUGACUAACAGACGUUGGAUUUUGUUCAUACAUAGCUUCACUGUAGUUGCUUGCAGGGACAAGAGAUGAUGCCGUAGGCGGCGACGUCGAACAUCACUCUCGCUAUCCAAGCUACAACUCAAAGACAUAUUGGACACUCAACA